AUGGACGUAGUCUCACCAUUACCAUCUGAAGUGUGUCAAUCAUCCGCCAAUUCUUGUCAAAUACCUUGCAUUCCUCAAGUUAAGAAUGACGUGAUACCAAAAAUUAAGCAAGAGUUUGACACUUUAGAUGCUAUUCAGAAUUUUUACAAUAAUUAUGCUAAAAAGUUAGGAUUUGGUACGCGAGCACGUUCUAGCAGGAGAAAUGGGGAUAAACAAAUCAUUAGAAAAGAGUAUGUUUGCUGCAAAGAAGGUCAGUCGGUGCCCAAAAAACCUGUAGAAAGUAGUGAAUCCUCUAAACGGCGUCGGGGGUUAACUAGAGAGGGUUGUGGUGUGAUAUUGGCUGUUAUGAGAGCCAAGUUUGGUGACAAGUAUGUUGUCUCCCAAUUUGUUGAGGCACAUAACCACCCUCUUGCGUCUCCAAGGAGGCAAGAUCUCUAUAAUAAAGAAAGGGAUAUAAGGAAUGCAUUACUAGGGCAGGACGCCGUUAUGUUGCAUGAGUAUUUUCAAAUUGAACAACAAAAGAACUCAGGGUUUAUGUUUACUAUGGAGAAAGACGAUGAGGGGAGGUUGACUCAUUGUUUUUGGGUGGAUGCCACAUCUAGAAAGUCAUACCAAUAUUUUGGGCAUGUUGUGGUGUUUGAUACAAUGUAUAACACAAACCGAUACUGUAUGAUCUUUGCACCUAUACUAGGGGUUAAUCACCACGAGCAGACUACACUAUUUGGGUGUGGGCUUUUAAGUGAUGAAUCGAGUGAUUCUUUUGAGUGGCUGUUCAAAGAAUGGUUGAAGCAAUGCCAGGAGGUCCUCCCAAAAUGA